AGAUAAAAUCUCACUAAAGUUUAGUCGUUACCAUCUACCACCACAUGUCGAAGGCUACUUUAUCUAAGGCACCUAGAUAAGACUAAGAACAUUGAUGGCAGCUGCUGAGAAAAAUACGAAUACCAUGUAGGUAUUUCAGGAUCUACUAAACCCGUGUGUAUUUCCGUACUGUAGAAAGAAUUCUAGAUCUACGCCUCGAUAAAGCGCUACACAGCGCUUUUCCCCGACUCCUCGGCACCGUAUACCGCGCUGACGUCAGUCAGUGUGUCGAUCGCUUUUACCGCGACAGGAGGUGCGCCGCCGCGUGCGCAGCGAACCAAACAAACUACCGACAAAUAAUGACUUCCAAAGAGUAAUUCACCAGCAUUCAACAUGACCAGCGUAUUCGCCCAAGGCAUGGGCAAUGAUCAGCUCGCUGAGUAUGGCAGGCCAGUCGAGUCCAUCAUGAGAUGUGAGGACUUCAAGAGCAACUUCGCCCGGAGACUCUCCAACCGGUACAUCACCAGGUCACCGGUCGCCAGCCCCAAGAAGGAAGGCCCGAAGCCUACCGACACCCUCAAGAAACCAGAACCCGCUGAAAAGAUUCUAGAAAGAAUUGAGCCAUGUUCUCAACUUUCUAAAGGCAACAAAUCGGAGCAGAGUACUAAAGUGGCACUACCAGCAGCUAUACCUAUACCAAAGGCAGAUUUCCCUACUCCUAAGGUAGAUGAAACCAACCCCGCCGAAGUAACAGCGUUGAACAUGGAAGUCGAGACAUUGAAGUGGCAGUUGGCUCAGACUGAAACCAAUAGACAAAUGCAUUUAGCCUUGUUGAAGCAAAUCGUGAGUUUCCUGAACAGAGUGAAGGAACACAUGGAGUACCAGAACCCUCAAGAAUCUCCCAAGAAGGAAAUACUAUGUUCAAGAUCACCUAGAUCAUUCAACUCAGUUGAUUUGCCGAGAUCUAGAUCGGUACUCCAUUUCAACAAAAAUACUGAGUACUCUUUGAGUCCAGCCAAAAACAUGAACUCAAAGAAAAUCAGCAAAUCCAUAACAAACGUCAACGGUUUCCAAGAAGUUAACAGUAUUUGGAAUCAAUCAAAAAUAUCUUUGGUGCCUGAUACCGAAACCACCAAAAUAAUUACUGAAGAAAUAUCGAGACUUAUUACUCUUGCCAAUACAGUACUUAGCACAAAAUUACCAGAUCUCACUUGUUUAUACAAAGACGUUAACACCGGUGGUAAUAACGGAAAAAUUACACAGAUUGAUUUAAUUAACGACUUGAACAAAACGUCAAGUAAAAAUGAUGUAAAUGAGAGUCUCAUAGAUCUCAUGGAAGAAGAAGUUUCUAAAUCGCUUGGUUUGAAUGUAAGCAAUGAUAGUCAGCAUAUUAACAUAGUCCGUUCUAACGGAUUGGAUGUCACUGAUAAUAACUCGAAACGAUCGAAGUCACCGUCGCUAUAUUCCGUUAACAUAGACGAUUUCGAGGAUAAUCCUGCUGAAAAAAACUCAAAUAUGGGGUCUUCAAAAAAUUUGAACGAUUGCGCUCUACCCAAUAAUACGUUGACCAAAUCUCGACAGAAUAACACUGGAGAUUUUCAUCGUUCCUCAAUAUUCAUAGAAGAUGAGAGUGGAUUUUCGUCAAUGAGCUCUUUCCAAGAAAUUGGUAUACCAAUAAUCAACAUAAUUCCACCAACACCGUGUAAAGAUGGGGGUUUCACUGAAGGAGAUAUUAUUGGCGACACAGGAGGCUGGAACAACGGACCACUGGAAAUUGACAAACAAGCUAUGAAAGUAUUUUGGGUCUGAAAGCUGAUACAAAUAGAAUAGUCAUUCUAAAAUUUCUUACAGUGCCUUAAAUAAAAUACGUACAAUCAUUAGUAUCAUAAGUACAUAAAUGCCCUCUUAACUUAAUUUAAUUUGAUUAUUAUUGAGGCUUUAAGCGACUGAUCACUUAGAUUAAGAAAUAACAUACGUGUUUCAUUUAAUAAGAAUAUUUUCAGUGCUUUGCUUUGUAAGUAUAAGUGUAAUUUGAAUAAAUAUAUAUAUUCUAUUUUAAUCAUACCUAUUUAUUUUAAAACUUAGACGGUUUUUAAAGCAAUUCUUAGUUUUUGACUAAUAUUUUUAAUUACCACCAGUUUUAAUUUAUGACAAAAAAGUUGAGUAAGCCGCGUUGCCUUUCUGUAUAUUGCCACCUUUUGACAGAUGUAGUCGGACUACAGAUAGAUAUGUGGUCACUAGUUUCUUUGAAGCGGGUGAACCCGUAGUGAAUUAGCCGGGAUUUAUACCUUCGAAAAUGCAUUUUUUAUGUCUUCUAUGUUUAGCUGCCAUUCAGGAUUAGCACAUAGUAUACGUUACCUACCUACUUUGCUAUCGUCGGUAAGUAUUUAGUCCAGUCAAUAAAUGACUCAAAAUGAGGUGUAGAGUGCGUGAGCAGGUAACUAAGCGAUUCCUUCAGAAACUUAUUCA